GUCAUUCCCCGGAAGUGAAACUCUACGCGGAAGUGUGUGGACGAAAACAAAUAAUCAUUUCUACUGAUUUGAGGAGGAGAAGACGCCCAGAGCCGCUGCCUGCCCGCCGUCUGUCCGCUGCUGACCCGCGAGGAGUCCCGGUUCACGAUGGAGUUCCUUUUUGGCCAUAAGAAGAAACCGGAGGAGAUCCUGAGGCAGAACCAGCGGGCGCUGAACAGAGCCAUGAGGGAGCUGGACCGAGAGCGCACCAAGCUGGAGCAGCAGGAGAAGAAGAUCAUCGCCGACAUCAAGAAGAUGGCCAAACAGGGACAGAUGGACGCCGUGAAGAUCAUGGCGAAGGAUCUGGUCCGCACGCGGCGCUACGUCAAGAAGUUCAUCAUGAUGAAGGCCAACAUCCAGGCCGUCAGUCUCAAGAUCCAGACGCUCAAGUCCAACAACAGCAUGGCGCAGGCCAUGAAGGGCGUCACCAAGGCCAUGGCCACCAUGAACAGACAGCUGAAACUGCCCGAGAUCCAGAAGAUCAUGAUGGAGUUCGAGCGCCAGAGCGAGAUGAUGGACAUGAAGGAGGAGAUGAUGAACGACGCCAUCGACGACGCCAUGGGCGACGAGGACGACGAGGAGGAGAGCGACGCCAUCGUGUCCCAGGUUCUGGACGAGCUCGGCCUCAACCUGUCCGACGAGCUGUCGAAUCUCCCGAGCACCGGAGGGAGCCUGUCGGUGGCGGCGGGGAAGAAGGCGGAGCCCCAGGCCGCCAUGGCGGACGCCGACGCCGACCUGGAGGAGCGUCUGAGCAAACUGAGGAGAGACUGAGCAGCAGGAGGACUGUGAGCCGGGGCGAUUCCCUCCUGGCGUCCUGCGUCUGAGCGGCGGCUGUUUGAGCCGCGGUAAUUAAAGGUGUAUGGCUUUCUGUUUGAGGUGUUUUCAUUUAAUGCGUAUCUCAUGUAUCUACCAAGAAAAACAAAAAGAUGUAUGUAUAAACCAACGGAAGGACUGACAGGUGCAGCAAACUCUCGUUUUGUGGAAGAAUUUGCCAAAUUGAACUGGACAGUCUGUAAAUAUCAGAUUAAAGUCACACUACAGUUAAAGUGUGAAGGAACGCAGAGAGGAGGUGAAGAAAAACCAUUUUCUAGAGCUUAUGUGUAAAAAUGUCGCCUCUUUUUGUACACAGGUUGGUUUGAUGUUCUCAACUCAUCAGCAUCAUUAAAAAACACUUUCAGCCCCUUUUAGUCUUCUAAGGCUUUUUUUUGUUUAGUUUCAGCUGUCAGGGUUGAUUUUGUCCCUGGAUUCACAAGUGGGAUGAUUUUUUUUUUUUUUAACCAGAUCUCCCUCCUAGACUAAUGGCCUUUUUCAAAACAGAAUAUUUCAUAUUAAAAAUGACAUUUUCCUCAAUUUAAAUGUGAGUAAAGUGACCUCUCCACAAGUGAAACCUGACUGUUUAAAGAUGGAGGUCGUCUCACCAGAAGCCGUUCUGAUGGAGAACUGUUGGUGGAGAUGAAUCAUUUCGAUUCAGUCGACUUUACUGCUGCGUUCUUCACCAAAAUGUUUAAAAAUAAAAAGUCUGUGGUGUUUAUUUCUGAUUUUCUUUACUCAAUAAAUGUUUUGUUUCCCAA